UUGCAGUCCUGGUGAAACGGCACUGAAGGGUUUCACGCCAUUUUGUUCAUUUGUGGAACCCCCCCUCUAAGGAGAAGAGUGCAGCCAAUAGUUGGAGGGCGGGCGGCCGGCCCUCUCGCAGGUCUUUGGAAGGAUUGACAGUAGAUAGUAGUUCUGCAGACAUUUGCCUGUCUAUGGUGUCCGGACAGAAAUGGAUGGACUUGCAUCAAACACAGCGUUACCUCCAAUUUUUGCUGAUGAUGAUGUAUCAAAGGAGAGUGCAGAUCUGACAGUCGAUGCUGGGUUUUCAGGCCCAGAGGGCUCGUACAGCUCAGGGGUCUCUCAGUCACUGAACAAUCCAGAUUUUGUGGAGGAUCUGUCUCAGGUGCAGCUACUACAAAAUGAGUCCCCUCAGGCAGCAGAUACCAGUGAACAAAGAAGUGAGGAGGAGAAAAUUUCCAAGAAGGGAGGCUGGCCCAAAGGAAGGAAAAGGAAAAAAGCAACCAAAGACAGCAACGCUCCUAAAGCCCCGCUCACCGGGUAUGUAAGAUUUCUCAAUGAGCGUCGGGAGCAACUUCGAGCACAGCGGCCGGAUGUUCCAUUUUCUGAAAUCACACGAAUGUUAGGGAAUGAAUGGAGUAAACUGCCUGCAGAUGAUAAACAGCGUUAUUUAGAUGAGGCGGAGAAAGACAAAGAGCGUUACAUGAGGGAACUGGAGCAAUACCAACAGACUGAAGCCUACAAAAGAUUCACCCAGAAAGCAGAUGACAAACGACGGACAAAAGGACUUAGCCAAGAUGAAGGAACUCGAGCCAAUAACAUUCCUGUUACUGAGAAGCAGGGUGACCUCAAGGAUCGGUCUGUCUUUGAUAUUCCUAUUUUCUCUGAAGAAUUCUUAGACCACAGUAAAGCUCGGGAGAGGGAACUCCGGCAGCUGAGGAAAUCCAACAUAGAAUAUGAAGAAAGAAAUGCAGCUUUGCAGAAACACGUGGAGAGCAUGAAAACAGCAGUUGAGAAGCUGGAGGUGGAUGUGAUGCAAGAACGGAACCGAAAUGUCGUCCUUCAGCAGCACCUGGAUACCUUGCGGCAAGCACUGACAUCCAGCUUUGCCACUGUACCAUUGCCAGGCUCUGGGGAGGUUCCCACGCUGGAUACUAUUGAUUCCUACAUGAGGAAACUACAUGGCAUUAUUCUGUCCAACCCUCAAAGUAAUGAGAAUCUCAUUACUACAGUGCGAGAUGUAGUCAGCCGACUUGACAGUUGAAAUUGGGAUUGACUCUGGAGGUAUCAACAUCUGUUCACACAGCUGGGCAGUAUAAAAAGGAAGGCAUCGCUGGAUUUGCAUUGCAAGUAAAAUGGCAGCUACUGUCUAUGGCUUUGCAAUUUAGCCUGACCUGGUGAAGGAUUGUUCCAAACAAGGUUCUCUCUCAUUUUUUUAGGCCAAAUACUGAAAGUGCUACAGGGGACUGCUGUGUUUCUCUUGUUAGGCAGCAGCAGUGGUGUCUUUUAAUUCCUUCAUGAUUGUCUCAUGCCAAAUUUUCCCGUGUUAAUUGUAUGUUAUAUUGUGCGGCAUUAGAGGCUUCGUGCUCAGUCAUUUACUUCAUAGAUGGUGAUUUCUCCCUUUUUUGUAUGUGCCAUCAAGUAACUUGAAGUUUAAGGAAUUCAUCUGAUCAUUUUCAGCUCUGGUUGAAGUGACAAGUCCAAGGUAUCUCUCAAGUAUUAACCAUUAACCAAUGUUUUCCCAUUGAUUGACUAGGUAAUGUUACUGCCUGGAGUAGGAUAGGAAAGACGGUAUCAGUACUCCCCGAUGUCAACUAAAAUAGCAAUAUCAAGGAAUCGUAAAAGGUAUUAGCACGGGUCAUUCAGCCCAAUAAAGCCAUGACUGUCAAAGCAAAACUUCUUAAGCUAACCCCACUUUCCAGUCCUCAGUAGCUUGAGUGCAUAAAAACAAUCCUCACAUCCCCUGUAUUUAAGCCAAUUAGAUCUAUGGAUCUCAUUGAUUGUCCUCUCUGCGAGGGAAAUGUCUUUCCUCAAGGCUGUUCAUCCUGUCGAGGCUUCUGAGCAGUUUGUAGCCUUGCUUAAAGCUUGCAUCCGCUCUAUGUGGAAAACUUAAGACUAUCAAGACUUAUAAAUCUUCCAACAAUAGGGAUGCUAGAAUUGACUGCAGCCUCCUUAAACUGGGGAGACUGAAUUGUUCAUGUUCCCUACUCAUCUGAAAUUUCUCCUUCAGUAUACAUCUGAAGUAAAAGGAAACCAUCACCUUUAAUAAAGAGCUAAGUCAAUCUAAUGAUAGGGUAUUACCCUGAAACAUUGUUUGUUUUUAUACAGAUUCUUCCUGAUUCUAUAACACUUAGAGCCAUAGAUUCCUGAUUUUGUUUUUAAAUUUCACUGCUUUGCUAUUGUAAAUCAGCUUUAACACAUCUCCCUAAAAGCUGCCCCACCUCGAUCUCCUACUGUAGAAUCUUAAUGUAAGCUUCCGUGGUAACUGAAAAGUAGGUCAGUGAAUCUCACCAACACCUUCAACAGAGGAAAGAAAAUUGCAAACAAUCGAGCAUGUUAAAGCCUGUACCCCAAAGUAAAUUUGACUUGUUGCAAUGAGUAUUGUAAGUUAUUGUGUGUGUUGCAUAAGUUAUUGUUAUUAGUUAGUUAAAUGAUCUAAACAAAAUCUUUGUAUUUUAAAGUACAAUUGGAAGUUAACUAAUGGGAAUAUCCUCUCAUCUGUCUGACAUUUUAGAAUAUUAUAUGUUUUUAUAUAAUAUUGGGCUCUGAAAGGAGAGAGAGUGAAUUCUUUUGCCUCUGCUUGUGAAUUACAAUCAAUGUAACCUGUGAAAAGGCUGAAGAAACAGUGGUAGGGCUGCUGCAGUUGUUUCUGAGUGUUGGACCCUAAGCCAGAGAGGGUUGGGAAUGCAGAUACAAGAGACUGCAGAUGCUAGAAUCUGAGCAAAUUUAAACUAUGAGAAGAACACUGCAGGUCACGGAAGCAAAGGGAUGUUCAACGUAAACACAAGAUUCUACAGAUGCUUGAAAUCUUGAGCAGCGCACAGAAAUUGCUGGAGGAACUCAGCAGGUCAGGAAGCAUCAAUGCAGAGGAAUUAAACAGUUGACAUUUUGACCUGAGAUCCUGCAACUGGACUGAGAGCAGAGAGGGGAAAUAAUCAAUAUAUAGGUGGAGGCUGGUAGGUGGUAGAGGGAAUCAACAUUUUCUGGAUCAGAACAAUAUUUCAGAAUUCCAUCAAUAGAAAGCCUCAUCUUGAGAACAGAUCCCAAAUUGCAGGUUAACCUUGUUGAUCGAGCACUAACGUAUUGGUUAGACUAUUACUGCAAAUGAUAGAAAGGUAGGUAGAGUUGGUGUUAAGAAAGCUGGGAGUCUGCAGAAGGACUUGGAGAAAUUAGGAGAAUGGGCAAAAAAAGAGGCAAAUGAAAUAGUGUAGAAAGUGUAUGCUCAAGUACUUUGCUAGAAAGAAUAAAGUGUCAACUUUUUUUAAACGGGGAGCGAAUUCAGAAAUUGGAGGUAGAAAGAAACUUGGGAGUCCUUGUACAGGAUUCCCUAAAUGUUAAUUUGCAAGAUGAGCCAGUAGUAGGGAAGGCAAAUGCAAUGUUAGUAUUUGUUUCAAGAGAACUAGAAUAUAAAAGUAAGUAUGUAAUGCUAAGGCUUUAUAAGUAUUGGCCAGACCACAUUUGGAAUAGUGUGAGCAAUUUUGGGCACCAUAUCUAAGGAAGGGAUAUGCUGGCAUUGGAGAGGGUCUGAAGCAGGUUUUACAAGGGUUAACAUAUAAGUAUUUGAUGGCUCUGGGUCUGUACUUGUUGGGGUUUAGAAGAAUGAAUCAUAGAAACCUACCAAAUAUUGAAAGGCCUAAAAUAGAAUGGAUGUGGAGAGAAUGUUUCCUACAGUGAGAGAAUCUCGGACCAGAAGGCUCAGCCUCAAAAGAGAUGAGGAGGAAUUUUAACCAGACAGUGAUGAAUCUAUGGAAUUCAUUGCCACAGACAGCUGUGGAGGCCAAGUCAUUGCGUAUAUUUAAAGCGGAGGUUGAUAGCAUCUUUAUUAAUAAAGGCAUCAAAGGUUAUGGAGAGAAGGCAGGAAAAUGGAGUUGAGAGGGAAAAUAAAUCAGCCAUGAUAGGCCAAAUGGCCUGUUUCUGCUCCCAGGUCUUAUGGCCUUAUUAUUUAUUAAUCUAGAUUUAGAGCAUCUUCAGAAGUGUUUCAGUGUGGUAUAGCCAGCACCUGUAACACUAAGAGUAGCUCAUUCAGUACUAGCAAGAUUAUUAUUUGGAAUGGGUGGAAGUUGCACCCUGCAUUGGGACUGUCCUCCUUUCUGAACAGAAGUGGGAAUGUUCAGUUCUUGAGCAAUAUCUAGUGCUUUCCAUCGUAGAGUGCAAGUGGGUAUCAGGUGAACUUAGGGUUUGAUGUGAAAUGUGGACCCUUGCAUGGUCAAGUAAAAAGGAGGAGCUAACAUUCUAUAAUAGUUGAAACUUUCCACAACUGGAUAGCGAAUGAAUUUAGUUGUAAAAUUGCACCACUCUCCAAUGAGUGUGAUAACUUGGGUAGUCAUUUACAAUUAUAUUUAUAGAUUAAUUUUAUCUUCUCAUACUGACUAAGGUUCCACAGAUGCCCAGUGUACCUAUACAGUUUUGCAAAUGGCCAUACUUGAGUGGUAGCCGACAGACUAAACAAAGCAUUAAAAGUGAAGUUCAGCCUGUACUCCCCACAAACAACAUAAGGAUAUUCCCAGUGAGAGUGCUUGGAAGCACUGGAGAGACACCAGAAGAAUUCCUGGCCGACCUCUGAGGUGCUACAUUUACUUUUCAAGAAAAUCUGGUUCCCAUUUCCUCAUCGCUCUGGCAACUCCAAAUGAAAGUAUGCUGAAUGCAUCUCCUUUCUAAGGUUCCAUAGAUGUUCGUCAUGUUGUGCUUUCCUAUGAAGAAUAAUAAAUUAGACUGCUACUGCCACUUGUGUAAUUACAUCAUAGCUAAUGAGAAAAAACAAAAUAACUGAAGAUUUGGUGCUGUAUGUAUGUACCUCAUGUCUGUCUUUUCCAUUUCACCUUUUAAGUAAAAAUGUAUGUGGAACUUGGCUAUCCCUUUACUAAUUCUGUUGUUCUUCUAUCCUGUCGAGAUUUGGGAGUGCCGUACAGUAUACCAGAUGAGAAGAAACACACUCACAAUUUUGUUAACAAUUUCUAGUCUAUUUCCACAGCUGAAUCUUGUUUGGGUAUUAUUUAAUCCCCUAAAGAGCAGCUUUUGCAUUUUGUUUGAAUACAGAUUAAUUUUGUGGCCUUACAAACUAGAAACUUUAAAGCAAGGGGGCUUAAACUACAGUAUUUCCAUUUGCAGUCAUACCGAUCUCUUAAUAUUUUGAUGAGCUGUUUCCUGAAUGUUGUUAGGAAGCACAGCCUGAACCAAAUCAUUGCCAGUAGACAUGAUGGCAAUAAAGUAUAUAGUCCAGAAUGUUCUGUAGAAACAAUACAGAUGUUAUUUCAAAGUGUUAACCGAUGUAUACGGAUUGUAUUUUGAUGGAGUUACAGUGUAACUGCAGUUUAAAAUGAAUGAUGUAUUAAA